AUGUGUAUGCGGUUUGCCACCAAGUUGCGAACAAACCAUCGCCUCCUAUCGCCGCAGCCCUCGCACGAUACGCCGCCAACGCCCUCGCGCUGCCGCAACCCUCCCAGGCUCCCGCGGCCCCGCUUGAAAUCCGGCCAUUGGAAGUUUGCACUCCCAUCACGCGAUCGGUGCCCUUCAUGGUGGCCCGACCAAGCGCCGACGGCCGGACGAUUCGGUAGUCUUCCAAUACUCUCAAUUUGGGCGCUGGAUUUCCACGAUUGUGUUGGUCCUCGCCUCUACUCCUCACACGGACGUUCCUCUGUCGUCCAGAUCGGGUAUCGACGACAGAUGCGGGAUGAUGUAUACGUGCAGGAGGGUGGAGCCGUCUGGCGUCAUGGUGGCAUCGACGGCAGGUCUUGCAAGGUUAAUGCGUUGAUCUCUCUUGAAGAUGGAAUCGAGGAAGACGGCGGGAGCAACUCCUGUGGCGUGUGCGUUAGCGUGCGCUGAGAGUCUGCUUGACUGGAUGUGUUUCUCACCUGCUAUUGGGCGGUCUGAGAAGGCACUUAGUUUUGGAUGAUUUGAGUUGGUGUAUUGUCACCCUCUUCAUCCCACUGUAGGUAUAGUAAGGUUGCUUCGAUUUUGAUCUUUUGU